AUGGGUAGACUGGAGAGAGAAGCACUGCUGAAGAAAGCCUUGGGAAAAGAAUUUAAAAUAACCAUCCCCAGGGGUGACAUACCUGCAAUGAAGGCAGACCUUGGAGAAACAUGGUACAAAGUUAGGAAGCUUAGGAGGUAAGAUUUAAAUAAUGAACCCAGCCCCCAGAAAUCCACACAACAUUUGAGUAAAAAUUAUUUUUUGUCUCCUAUUAUUAAUUGGAUUAUUUCCUGAAUUCCUUUGACCUGUGUAAACUACAUAACAUUCCAAUUGAAUGUAAAAUAAUGUAGCAACAAUAAGUAAUAACAAAGUCAAUUUCCACCUAGUUUUAUACAUUAUAAUAAUAUUGUCCUGAAUUGUCUCCCUGCAGGUGGUUUGAUCAAUGGGGACUGUCCUCUGAGAGUGAGAAACACCAGCGGAAGCAAGUUCAGUCCAUCACUGACCCUGCCUACUUGGUGAGUGAGAUGGUGCCUUUUGAGUUCAAAAAACCAGGCUGUAACCCUGAGAUCAAACAAGCCGAGUUUGGUUAUGUUGCUGACCUUAACCAAUUUGUACAACUUCAUUUGGAUGAAAAUGAAAAGUAUAAUUCUUUGGCUUUUUAUACUGUUAAGAAUGUUACUGUAGCAGCAAUGUCAAUCAUUGUAAAUGUAAAGUAGGCUUUUGGCACUGCCUCUUGCAAGAAUUAUCGCUUUUAAUUAAACAACAGACUCUUUAUUUUAGGAAUGGACGCUUGACGGGGAAUAAUGCCAUCCCAGAACAGGAAGUCCACUUAAAACUUGGAGGUGAUGCUGGUGGUGGGUCCUUUAAAAUGGCUUUCCAGAUUGCCAACCUUCAACAUCCACACUCAAAAACAAAUACAGUGGUCUUUGCCAUGUUCCACGCCAAAGAUACAUGGACAAAUUUUAAAACAGCAUUAAUGAAAUACAGAGAGGAAGUAAACAUCCUAAAGGAAGCUACUUGGAGGUUGGUACAUACACUGUAAAUGUACUAUAGUUUCCUUAUAAACCAUGCAGGAUAAAACCUCCACACUGAGUGAGGUAUCCUGCUGAAAUUCUGCAAUAAUUUUUUUUACUUAUUUUUAGAGGCAAAAAGCAAAUAGUUUUCCUCUUUGGUGACUACGAGUUUUUGUGCAAGAUAUUUGGUACAGCUGGAGCCUCAGGUAAGUUCAACUAAUAAUUCACACAUACAAAACAAAACAAAAAAAUAUUUGAUUUAUAUUGUUAAAUAAGAGUAGCAACUAAAUCAUCCUAAGUUGUAGCUUUAAAACACUCUCUAUGGAAGGAGUAUUCAUAGGUGUGAAUUAAUUUCUUGCAGGCAAGUAUCCAUGCCUCUGGUGUCUGAUAACAUAUGAGACGAUGCAACUCUCUUGCCAGGAUCUCCGUCGUGGGCUCAUAGAAAAGAGAAAUGUUAAGAACAUUGAAGAAGAUGAUAACAAGUUUGUUGCAGAUGGCUGUGUCACAAGUCGACAGAAGUUUUACCACAAUGUGAUCCAUGAGAAACUGCUGGACAUUGAACUGGAAAAAGUAAGUAUACUAUCAACAUAUUUUUUGGCUUAGGAAAAACAAAUACUAAUAUAACAGGGCGUUAACUAGGAAGCUUAACAAUCAGAUUCUUUCUUUAGGUUUGUGUUCCUGGACUUCAUAUCAGCUUGGGUGUUUUCAAGAAACUAUUUGACGAACUUGAGAACCAGUGUGCUGAGCUGGACAAAAGAAUUCAAAUGGAGCUGGCGGCUGACAGUGACCGAAAUGAUGAAAGAAUCCUGGCACUCAGAGCUGCUCAUCAACACUAUAGUCAGGCACAACAGUUGCAUGAGAAAGCAAAUUCUUUACAGGAAUUAUUGAAUUUACAGAGUUUGCAUUCUGAUGUGACUAUUAUGCCUGCCUUCUUAAUGUCAAUGCAAAAUGAAAUUGACAGACUCCUUAAAGAUGCAAAGGAAGAGGUAACAAAACAAUGUAUACUAUAAUAAUUAUCAAGAAUGUUCACGUGACUAACUUCAUCAAACAGACCAAAAUCUAUAACCUUUUUUAAGUGAUUGUUCUGAUGAAGCUGUUUUAGACCAUGAAGAUCCACAUUCUGAACAAUGUAAUUAUGUUCUCUUUACAUUUAAUUACAGGAAAAACUUGCAGAUGAGCAGAUAGAAUUGGCGGGCUUUGAUCGAUCCUAUGGACCACUAACAAGGCAUUUGGAUGUGGUCCUGAAGGAAAUGAAUGUUGAGCGACAGGCCUACCAUGGAAAAUCAUUCAUUGGUAACCACGUGCAAACCUGCUACAAGGUAACAUACAUUCAAACUUAAAUAAGAGAUGAAAACUACAAAGAAGCAAAAACAUCAACUGCCAUUAAUAAUACAAUAUUUGUUGCUGUCUUUUUCUUUAGGCGACCAAUAUCAAUAAAUUAUGCAGUGCUGUAGUGGCAAAAACAGAAGAGCUGUGUCCUUCCUUGCUUUCUAAGGCAAGAGAAAUUAGUGUCAAGUUUGAAGAAGCCUUCAAAUUAUUUGCUGCUUGCCAUUUUGUCUAUGAUAGUGCAGAAUACCUUGAUGAUGAGAAGAUCAACCAGCUAGGUAGGUGAAAUAACAAACUGAGGUUUUUUGUAACAAAGACCAUAUCAAUGUACAUCACAUGCGUUGUUUUGUAUCUGCUCAGUAAGUUAACUCUCAUUCACCUUUUCUAGAUGCACACAUAAAAAAGUUCCUGAAGUUUAUCAGAGAAAACUUCCCUCGCAUAGCAAUCAUACCAAAGCUUCAUAUGCUAGAAGACCAUGUUCGUCCAUUUCUACGACAAUGGCACACGGGCCUUGGAUUCUUUGGUGAACAAGGGAUCGAAGGAAUCCAUUCGAGUUCAACACGCAGUCCCAGCAUUUUGAUCACGUCAAGAAGCAGGAUGUGA